GGAUUAAAUGGAUCUACAGAUAAAAUUAUUGCUAUAAAUACAACAAGAAAACUUCAACUGGACAUAGUUUAUCGAAUCAUCUCAAAGCUUAAAAAAAGUCUCAUGAAGUUCCUGAUCGUGUUCGCUAUUUUCGCCGCGGCGUCUGCCCGGAUCAUUCCGCCUUCGGUAGUGGCCAGUACCAACCCCGAGGUGCAGGAGAUCCUGGCCUCCAUUCAGAGUCCGAACACCGACCCCGCCACCGCCGCCGCCCUCGAGCAGCUGCUCCUCGAAGUCCUCGGUGUUGCCAAGCCUGAACCUAUCCACAUUGGACCUGCAAUAAUUGAUGGUUAUGAGCCAAUCCACGUUGGACCCGCUAUCAUUGACACGGCGCCGAUUCACGUUGGACCCGCCAUCAUUGACGGUUAUGAGCCGAUUCACGUUGGACCCGCAAUCAUUGACGGUUAUGAGCCAAUCCACGUUGGACCCGCCAUCAUUGACAAGGAGCCUAUUCACGUUGGACCUGCAAUAAUUGAUGGUUAUGAGCCAAUCCACGUUGGACCCGCCAUCAUUGACAAGGAGCCUAUUCACGUUGGACCAGCAAUAAUUGAUGGUUAUGAGCCAAUCCACGUUGGACCCGCUAUCAUUGACACGGCGCCGAUUCACGUUGGACCCGCCAUCAUUGACGGUUAUGAGCCAAUCCACGUUGGACCCGCCAUCAUUGACGGUUAUGAGCCAAUCCACGUUGGACCCGCCAUCAUUGACAAGGAGCCUAUUCACGUUGGACCUGCAAUAAUUGACGGUUAUGAGCCAAUCCACGUUGGACCCGCUAUCAUUGACAAGGAGCCUAUUCACGUUGGACCUGCAAUAAUUGACGGUUAUGAGCCAAUCCACGUUGGACCCGCUAUCAUUGACAAGGAGCCUAUCCACGUUGGACCUGCAAUCAUUGGCAAUGAGCCCAUUCACGUCGGACCUGCCAUCGUCGAUAACUACGAGCCAAUUUCUAUUGGACCUGCUAUCAUAGACCCCGCCGAGCCUAUUCACGUUGGACCUGCCAUUAUUGACGAGUAUGAGCCAAUUCAUGUCGGACCCGCUAUCGUCGAUAACUACGAGCCAAUUCAUGUUGGGCCUGCUAUCGUACAACCUGCGCCUGUUGCUUCAAGUCCCCUUGUUCAGAUCACCUUAAACGUGCAGUCGUCAUCUGACGUCGCUAUUGAAUCGGACCUCUCCCCCGCACCCACCCCCGUGCAAGUUGUUGAAGAAGCUGAGGUACCAGAACCCAUUAUCGUGGUUGACAAGCCCGAGCCUGUACCUGUCAUCACUCUGCCUGAAACUAUCAAUUAAUUAUACGAAAUAUAAUAUACUUGAUUAUCUAAAUUACUAAAAUAUGUACUCUUUAUUUACUCGACUCUAUGUAUAAUACAUUAAACUAUUCACUUUAA